AUGGCAGCGCUUCGCAUUUCAACAGCGACAUUGUCGCGUAAAGCAAUCACCGCCAGCCGGCCCCGACUCUACCUCGGAGUCCGCGCUGGCUUGCGCCCUCUGCAACCCACCUCCAGCUCCACAAGCAUCAGCUCUCGAUACUCCACGACCGCGCCGUUACAAUCACUCGCACCGAAGAUCGAGCGCGGCGGGUCAAAGCUCUUCAAGGAUGCCGAUGCCGCGGUCGCAGAUUUGAAGAGUGGUUCGACGAUUCUUAGUUCUGGAUUUGGGCUUUGCGGGGUUGCUGAAACAUUGAUCAAUGCUAUGCACCGUCGAGGCGCCGAUCAAUUGCACUCUCUAACAGCCGUAUCGAACAACGCCGGCGCCGCGGGCAAGGGUGGUCUUUCGACUCUAUCGCAGAAUGGCCAGCUGAACCGUUUGAUCCUUUCCUACUUGGGCAACAAUAAGAUACUGGAAAAGAAUUACCUGACGGGUAAGAUUGCUAUCGAGCUUUGUCCGCAGGGCACCUUGGCUGAGCGGCUUCGUGCUGGUGGUGCUGGUAUUCCGGCGUUUUUCACACCGACUGGUGUCCACACAUUCAUCCAAGAGGGCAAGAUCCCCGUGCGCAUGGACGAAUCAGGCAAAGUCCUUGAAUCGGGCAAGCCGCGCGAAACACGAGAAUUCAAUGGCAAGAAUUAUCUCAUGGAGACUGCUUUGACGGGCGAUGUAGCCAUUAUUCGGGCUUGGAAGGCGGACGAGGCUGGUAACUGCGUGUUCAGAUACACGACUAAAGCUUUCGGCCCAAUCAUGGCCAAGGCCGCAACUCUUACCAUUGUCGAAGCCGAGAAUAUCGUCCCUGUUGGCUCUAUCGACCCGAAUGAUGUCGAUUUACCCGGAAUCUUUGUGGAUCGCAUUGUGCCUGCGACAGACGAGAAGCAUAUUGAGAUUAAGAAGUUGCGUUCUGGCGAAGCCAGUGCGACUAGGCCGACUAGGGAUGCGGCGCAGAUUCAGAGGGAGAUUAUCGGUCGUAGGGCUGCUAAGGAGUUGAAGCCCGGGUUCUAUGUUAACCUUGGUGUUGGUAUUCCUACUUUGGCACCCUCUUUCCUGCCAAAGGAUGUGAAAGUUUGGAUUCAGUCGGAGAAUGGUAUUUUGGGAAUGGGCGAUUAUCCCACUGAGCAAGAAUUGGAUGCGGAUAUUAUCAAUGCCGGAAAAGAGACCGUCACUCUUGUCCCUGGCGCUUCCACUUUUGACAGCACCGAGUCCUUUGGCAUGAUCCGGGGAGGUCAUGUUGACGUUUCUAUUCUUGGGGCUCUCCAAGUGAGCGCUAACGGCGACUUGGCAAACUACAUGAUCCCCGGCAAGGUAUUCAAGGGUAUGGGCGGAGCCAUGGACUUGAUCUCCAACCCCGACCAGACCAAGAUUGUUGUAGCCACCAGCCAUGUUGCCAAGGAUGGAUCACCCAAGAUUGUGCAGCAGUGCAGCUUGCCUCUGACCGGCGCUAAUGUUGUUAGCACUAUUAUCACAGACCUGUGUGUGUUCCAGGUCGACCGAGCUACUGGAGAGCUCACGCUGACGGAGCUCGCUCCUGGUGUUGAGGUGGAGGAGGUGCAGAGCAAGACGGAUGCUAAAUUUGCGAUUGCUGACACGCUUGAGAUCAUGGAAUAG